AUGUCAGCUGGUGACUUCGAAGUCCUGAUUUUGCAGAGAGACAGACUGGUCCAAGAUAACAAGCUACUGGUCCAAGAUAACAAGCUACUGGUCCAAGAUAACAAGCUACUGGUUCGAGACAAAAAGCAACUGGUCCAAGACAAAAAGCUACUGGUCCAAGACAAACAGCAACUGGUCCAAGACAAACAGCAACUGCAACUGGCCCAAGACAAACAGCAACUGGUCGGAGACAAACAGCAACUGGUCCAAGACAAACAGCAACUGGGUCGAGACAAACAGCAACUGGUCGGAGACAAACAGCAACUGGUCCAAGACAAACAGCAACUGGCCCAAGACAAACAGCAACUGGGUCGAGACAAACAGCAACUGGUCGGAGACAAACAGCAACUGGUCCAAGACAAACAGCAACUGGUCCAAGACAAACAGCAACUGGUCCAAGACAAAAAGCAACUGGUCCAAGACAAACAGCAACUGGUCCAAGACAAACAGCAACUGGUCGGAGACAAACAGCAACUGGGUCGAGACAAACAUCAACUGGUCCAAGACAAAAAGCAACUGGUCGGAGACAAACAGCAACUGGCCCAAGACAAACUGCAACUGGCCCAAGACAAACUGCAACUGGUUGGAGACAAACAGCAACUGGUCGGAGACAAACAGCAACUGGUCCAAGACAAACAGCAACUGGUCCAAGACAAACAGCAACUGGUCCAAGACAAACAGCAACUGGUCCAAGACAAGGAGCAACUGGUCCAACAUGACAGGCAACUGGUUCAUGAGAACGAUCAGUUGGUUCAGAUGGUCAACCAACAACAAAAUCGGAUUAAUCAUCUUCAAUCAGAACUAAACCUCUCAAGUUGUCCCAGUGGCUGGCAGAGACAUACUGUAUCCACCUGUUACCAGCUGUCUUCUAGUAAGAAUACCUGGGAGUACGCCAGACAAGACUGUGCCAGCAAAGGAUCUCACCUGGUGAUUUUGAAUGAUGAAGCUGAAGAGAAAGUUGUCAGUGGAUUUGGAGGUGAUGGCACCAUCUGGAUGGGCCUGUCUGGUCGCAUAAAUGGAUAUACCAACAACUGGGAGAUGACAUUGGUGGAUUCAAGCCCCCUGAGAUAUACAAACUGGGCUGAUCAGAGAUGGGACACUUGGAAUUGUUUUUGUGCCUAUGUUCACUAUGGCUCGUCCUCGUUGGAGACCUGGUUCAGAGGCAGCUGUCAGGAUCACCACUAUUGGAUAUGUGAGAAGCACCCUGGCUCUGUCUGCCGUGGAUAAGACUCGAAACAUCUGCAGUCUCUCAAUCACAAACUCAGACACGAUUAUUGAACAUGCAUGUAACGCACCUAUUGUGUUUUGGAAUUGUUGAUUUUUCUAUUAUAGACACCAUUUUCUGACCACUGUGCUUUUUAUCAGUUUAAAAUCAAUUCAGUAUCCCUAAACACCCUUAGGGGGAUGUUUCGUUAUAGGGUGAACAACUGAAACCAAAACUGCAAGGCCUCAUGGGGUUCUCUGAUAAAACCCUGUUUGACCUCAAGAACAAACCAGAGCUGGUUCUCGAUUAUUGAACACUACAAAAGAAGAUCCAAGGUCCAUGGAAAAGGAAGAAUACCACCAAUUAACCAGCAGUGAAGAGGAGCGGAAAGCAAGAUUCAAAAUGUUUAAGGCUUUGAAAGUUAACUUAGAACAAAGGUAGUGCUUAUCCUCCUGUGUGUAAUGAGCGUUGAGAGGAACUGAAAGGGCUUGGUUUUAUCUCGUAGCACAGGGGUGUCCAAACUAUUGCCUGGCAGCCAUUUUGAAUCGGCCCUCUACAAAUUCUAAAAGUAUAAUGAAUACGGCCCACAAAUUAAACUUCUGCUUCUCUUAUUUUGUACUUCUUAAAUAUAUAUGUUCAGAUAUAUUAAUGAGCCCAAUUUAAAAUAAAUUCAGUCCAAUAACUUAUUUCUAUAACCAGCUGGAAAUGUAACCUUCAUGAUUCCUCUGAUUAUCAGCACUCUGAGGCUUCUGUUUUAAGGGAUGCGCUGCAACAGAACAAAUGAACCCCUAAAGACAGACGGGAUGUAGGCUGUUCUUUCUUAAAGCGUUUUCAAGUAUCACGCAUUAUUCACCUACAUUUGAUUUGUUUUGCUAAGGUAUAACUUCACUUAUGAGACGGUAUUCACCUCUAAGAGUCCCAGCUCUCCGUAUAUUUUUCUGUAGGUGGCCCUCGGUGAAAAAAGUUUGGACACCCCUGGUGUAGCACUUCUUAGCCGUCUGUCGCUCCACUAUUGUCAGCUUUAAUGGAGGAUGUAGGAACACCGAAAAAAAGGGACGAGAACCCGAGAUUCAAGCGUUGAUUGCAUUAAUUGAUUGUCCUGUUCAAUCUCAGUCCUCUGGAAGAGUUGCUCCCUCCAAUGUUGGGGAUUUUGCAAUCUUGCUUGCAGCUUCGUUCUCCGGGAAAAUAGGGAAGGGGAUGUUUUUGAAAUGUGUUGAAUAAAUGUUGUGCUUACAAGCUGUUCUUGAUAUUACAGUUUGACUGCUUCUGCAAAAGUCAA